AUGUGUGGAUACUUUCCUUUUCUUGUGUGGCUUGAUUUGGUUAUCAACAAACUGCUUAUAUUUGAAUUGACUACAACUAAUACAGAUCAAAACAUUCAGCUGUCUGUGGGUGUUGGUUUGGAGAUGCUGCAAGUCGAGCAAACAAACAGCUCUCAGCAGGUAAUCAAAGGCAAGCAUCCCGAUCAGAAGAUACGCACUCCCACUGGUCUCAUUGCAGAAAAUGGUCCACAAGCAGAGACAAAGAGUAAGGACCCUUAUGCUCUACCACUUUUCCAAGUGGCUGUUUCAAAAGUCGUGACAAAUAAUUUGGAGCCAAUUUGCAAUGUUUUGGAACCAAGAACCAAUUUUUGCGAGAUCAACAGGGAUGUUCGGGUUGACGGAAAAUCGUCGACAGUUUCUAUUGUUUCAUCUCAAAUGGAUGUGUUGGCAGGGAAUAGCCCCUGGACUAUAAGACCUUAUGCUCGAAAAGAAGACAAAAAGCCAAUGAAUCACACUCGAGCAUGGUCAGUAAAACCAGUCAUUGGUGACCAGGAAAUCCCUCGAUGCUCCCGAAAUCAUAGUGUUCCAGCCAUCUUGUUUUCAAAUGGAGGAUAUACAGGAAACCAUUUCCAUGAAUUUACUGAUAUAAUAGUUCCACUCUAUAUUACUUCUCGAAAAUAUGAUGGAGAAGUUCAGUUUCUUAUUUCGGAUUUACGAACUUGGUGGGUUGCAAAGUUCCAAGCAAUACUAAAAGGACUGUCUAAUUAUGAGUUUCUUGACAUUGACAAAGAAGCAGUCCAUUGCUUUCCAAGCAUGACUGUUGGCCUCAAAAGACAUCCAAAGGAUCUGACCAUCGAUCCUUCAAAACAUUCAUAUUCUAUGAAAGACUUCAGAGAGUUCUUAAGAAACACUUAUUCAUUGAAGAGGGCUAAUGCAAUCAGAAUCAGAGAUGGUCAACGUAAAAAGCCCCGGCUUCUGAUCAUAUCAAGACGGAGGACAAGGUGUUUCACGAAUUUAAGACAAAUUACUAAGAUGGCUAGAACCUUGGGGUACAAGGUAACUGUUGAAGAAGCAGACAGGAAUAUGUCAAGAAUUGCACAAGUUGUGAAUUCUUGUGAUGUGUUAAUGGGAGUUCAUGGAGCUGGCCUCACAAACAUUCUUUUCCUUCCUGAAAAUUCAAUUUUUAUCCAAAUACUACCAAUUGGAGGGUUCGAAUGGAUUGCAACAAACUACUUCGGAGUGCCUUCAAGGGGUAUGAAUCUAAACUACUUGGAAUAUAAAGUAAGCAAAGAGGAGAGCACACUGAAAAAUGACCCUCACACAACUCCAAUACGAGGAUGGGAAGGAUUCAAGUCAACUUUUCUGAAUGCGCAAAAUAUAAAGCUUAACGUCAAUAGGUUUAGACCCACUCUGUUAAAAGCUCUUGAACUUCUGCAUUAUUAA